AUCUUUCGCGAGAGGUUCAUUAUUGUCCGGAAGAGGUGCUCAUGUUUUGGUAAAGCGAUCACAAGGUGUUCGAUACAAUACCUGAGAGAGUUUCCACAGCUUUCUUCUGAUUCUUACUCGGUUUGAGUGAGCUGGAUCUUCCACGACGAAGAUGAUGAUCUUGGAUGUUUGCAAUGAGAUUAUAAAGAUCCAGAAGCUAAGACGGGUUGUCUCUUACGCUGGAUUCUACUGCUUCACUGCAGCCCUCACAUUCUUCUACACAAACAACACAACAAGAGCAGGAUUCUCCAGGGGAGAUCAGUUUUAUGCGUCUUACCCUGCGGGUACCGAACUUCUUACCGACACAGCUAAGCUGUACAAAGCGGCGCUUGGGAAUUGCUAUGAAUCUGAGGAUUGGGGUCCUGUCGAGUUCUGCAUAAUGGCUAAGCAUUUUGAGCGCCAGGGAAAGUCUCCAUACGUUUACCACUCUCAAUACAUGGCUCACCUUCUUUCACAAGGCCAACUUGAUGGAAGUGGCUAGAGUCGUUGAUGACUUGCAAGACAGCUCCUUUUUCAAUCUGUGUACCUAAUCUUGUUAUUGGAACUUCCUUCUUUACUCUUUUUCCGAAUUUGUACGGCGAUGGUAUUUGAGGUUACCACCAAGAAAUAUAAGAACAUGUUCUGGUGUAGACAAUGAAUGUAAUAAACACAUAAGAUCAGACCUUGAUAUGA